AUGCUUCAUAAUCUUUCUUUAUCAUCGAAUGCAUCAAUGAUUCGUUACGCGUUAGCAUAUAAGAACUUCAAUCCUAACGAAACAUAUCCAGAAGAAGAAAAUGUGGAAUCAAGUUUUGAAUUAACAAAAAAGUAUUGGAAAUAUAAAAUUGAUUCAUAUAAGAAACAAGAUGAAAAGGCGAAAAGAGAUACCAAAAACAAUGUUUCAAUGGAUGACUAUCAAUACUAUCACAAUUUAAUCCUUUCAUCUAAAUGCAAAAUGUGUGGUAAAGCGUUUACAUAUGUAAAUAAACCAACAUUGGAUAGAAUCGAUAAUGAAAAACCACAUACCAAAGAAAAUUGUCAGUUAAUGUGUUGUUAUUGCAAUGUCGUAAAAUCAAAUAAAGAUGAAGAUGUUCAACGUUUAAGAAUCAAUUUAAGAAAUUAUGCAUUAAAAAAUAAUUUACCAAUGACUUUAGAUUCAGUUGAAGCUUAUCACAUUCUCCGUAAUGGAAUUACUGGUGGUCUAUCAAAUGUUCAACAUCGUGUUAAUCUUAAAGGAAUCACGCACAUUAAUAAACUUUCAUAUAAUCCAGAAACUAAAACUGUAUCAAAUGAGGACACCACCAACAUUAUGACUCAUUUCGUUGGAGUUGACUUUAAUUCAUUAUAUCCUUCAUCAUUUUCAUCUAAUCCUCAUGAUUUCAUUCAAUAUACUGACCAUAAAAUGUAUAUGCCGGGAAGAUUGAAUGGUGUUAUCAUUUGUGAUAUAGCAACAAAGAAAGCAAAAGCACUGGGAAUUAUUAGAAAGAAAAAUACUUUAUUCGUGGCUGAAGUAAAGGGUCACAUUGAUGAAAAAUACAUUAAUGAUUACAUAAACUUUUUACCGAUAAUAAGAAACUUAGAUAUUAUCACAGAUGAAAAAACAAUUGGUAGUUUUAUGUAUAAUUACAUGAAAUCUGUUGUGCAUGAAAAUUCGGUUCACUUCACUUCUGACAAAAGUGACAAGUUUACAUGGCAAAAAUAG